AUGAAACAAGAGAGAAAUAACAGUGCAUUAUUGGACCGAGGAAUCAUUAUCAACUCAAAUGGAUCCUCGGGGAUGAAUUUUACCGAAAUAGGUACUGACAAAAUACUGAUCACAUAUUGGUCGCCAAUAAUUUUAAUUUUAGGAACAAUCGGAAAUGCUUUAUCUAUAGCAGUGUUUAGAAGAAGGAAAUUUCGUACAAGUAUCACACAUGUGUAUCUAAUCACACUGGCCGUGGUGGACACAUUUGGUCUAUGGGUUGGAGUUUUCCCUUAUGGCCUACAAGCAAUUAGCCAUGUUACGCUUAUGAAUACAUGGGUAUGCCCAAUAUUGAUGUUCCUGGGAUUCUUCAGCGUACAGUUAUCAGCAUGGACUCUUGUGCUAGUGACUUCUGAACGACUUCUUGCGGUAUUUGCCCCAUUGAAAGCAAAGGUCAUCUUUAAUGUGAAAUGGGCAGUUGUAAUACUCGUUAGUGUGUUUGCCGUGCUUCUUGGUUUAAACUUGCAUAUAUUGUGGAACUAUAAGCUACGAGUUGACGUUUACAAUGAAACAGACUGCAGUGGACCAUCAGAAGAUUACAUGUCAAUGCAUGGCUGGCUGGAUGGUAUAACAACAUCUUAUCUCCCUUCGUUUUUGAUGCUAUCAGCAAAUAUAGCUAUCAUUGCUAAAAUGCUCUCAAGGAAAAAAUCUGGAUUAGGGAACUCUAAUCAGAUCGCUUCAAUGACCAUAAUAUUGCUGCUCUGUAACUUUUCAUUCAUUUGUUUGAAUUUUCCAUUUUCGGUGUGUUUUAAACAAUGGAAUGAAACGGGAGAGCUACACAAGGCCAUUGUUAUCAUGCUUGCCCACUCAAACCAAGCUAUCAACUUUCUUCUUUAUUGUGCAUCUGGAAAGAUUUUUAGAGAUGAAAUGAAAAAGAUGUUUCACAGGUGGAAUUUUGCUACCUGUGGAAGAGGAAAUAGUGUAACUGAUUCAUAUCAGAUGAACACCAACACAUUAAACAGCAACACUAAUUAAUGGCACUAGUAAUCAAAUAUUAGACAAUAUAUGAGCACAAGUGCCAAAGGGAAAGUACCAAAAAUUGUUACAGAGCCCAGCAAGAGAAAAAUUAAAGUGUACACCAGUUAUAAGUAAAACACACCCCAACUUUGUCCCAAACUAUAAUCGAGCGUAAAAAAGAAACAAUGUCUAAUGCCCCCUUCCCCCAUCAUUCAAGUUCCAUUAUCACAAUACAUGACCAUAACAUCAAGGGACAUUUCAUUCAUACAACCAUUACAAUAUAUGUUGAAGAAUAAAUAUAAAUUGAUAAACCAAUACUCAUAACAUCAAAAAUAGGUGUGUGUAUCUAUAGUAUUCAUACAAGAUAGGGAAUUCAGUCUCAAAUAAUGUGGAACAGACAACAUCC